AUGGCUGGAGUGCUUUGGCAUUUUAAUUACCACCUUCCCAUGAGGCUGGAGACAGAUGCGAGUGAUUUCGCCAUCGCUGGGGUGCUCAAACAAGAGCACGAGGGAUGUUGGCAUCCGGUAGCAUUCUACUCCAGGAAGAUGUCCUCGGCUGAAAAGAACUAUGAAAUUCAUGAUAAAGAACUUCUAGCAGUGGUAGCUUCAGAUUUUGACUUCAUAUUGCAGUAUCACCCAGGAGACAAGGGAGGCGAACCUGAUGCCCUCACUAGACGAAUUGACAUGCAACCAAUCGGUGAAGAACAGGAACACAAUGUGUGGCAACUGCUGCCUUCUUGGGUGUUCGAAAAGGUGGAAUCUGGCAUUGAAAUAGGAAGUGGGUUACGACAGAUUCCAGCAGAAAAUGUAAUAACAAGCACAAUACUACCGAUUUCGGCAGAAUCGGUCUUACCAACAGACUUAGAGAAUGAGUCUGUAUUGGCAGCUCCCAUGCUCACGAUGGAUACCAUAGCAACAAAAGGACUCAGGGACCUGACCAAGAUCUUUCAGCCUUUGGAUCCAGAGCUACAGGAGAUACAUGCCAAGAAGCCAUUCGAGACCAAAGAUGGCUUAUGGCAUAGUGGGGGAAGAUUGGUUAUACCGAAGUUCAUGGUCAUGACCCAAUGCCACGAUGGUAUCACCGCCAGUCAUGUGGGACGAGACGCCACCAUCAAAGUGGCCCAGAGGCACUAUUGGUGGCCCAACAUGACAGCUUGGAUUGCUGACUAUGUUGCAAGCUGCCCCAUAUGUGCUAGGUACAAAGCCCCUCGCCAUCGUCCAUAUGGCUUGCUCCAACUGCUCGCCACACCAGACAGACCAUGGGGUUCAUUCAUUUCAAAGGCAUGGAAAGUGUUCACUAAGGGUAUAGGUGCUAAGCACUCCCUCAGCACAGCUUAUCACCCACAGACUGACAGACAAACUGAGAGGGUCAGCCAGGUGGUAGAGCAGUACUUGAGAAUGUAUUGCAACUAUGAGCAGAACGAUUGGGCUGAUCUGCUCAAGACAGCAGUGUUUGUGUAUAACAACACAGUCCACAAUAGUAUCAGUGUCUCACCGUUCUUCGCUUGUUAUGGUUGGAACCCGAAGGCUCACCCUGACAUUCCUCAGUGGCUGGGAGUCAAUGACCCAGAUCGUUCCGAGUUCUUAGUCAAUGGAAAAGAGCACUGCAAGUACCUCCAGGACCAGAUUAGGGAAGCACAAUGUCACACAGUGGAACAGUACAACCGGAAACACAAAGACAUCGAGUUUAAGGUGGGCGAUAUGGAUCACAUUGCCAGCCAGCCUCAGAAGGAGGAUCUCGAUUUUGAAGUCGAAGCACUCAUUGGCAAACAUUCAUGCAACAGGACAACCGAAUAUAAGGUGCUCUGGAGAGGGUACCCAGAAGAGGCUGCCUCUUGGGAACCAGUGUCGAAUCUCAAUUGCCCUGACCUCAUCCAGGAGUAUGAGGCAUCGGCGGGGGGACGAGACUAG